GAAAUAAUGGAAUGCAUAUGUGGCCUGGCGUCGGCAGUGACUGACCUACUGCAGUCAGUAGAACUGGAGUACCAUGGCUAUCAAGGUGAAGCUAAACAAGCUGACAGUUCUCAAAACAAGGGCGCCACUGAUAAGCAAGUCACUAACCACCUCAAUGGACUCUUCUCUCUAGUCCAGGGACUAGGUGGUACUGCAGUGGUCCGGACCUACAUAGACCAGCUGGCACAGGUACUCAGUGCACUCGUUGGGUGGAGUAAGAUAGUGAAGUGUAGUAAUGGUGGCAAGGACAAGUGCAAGGGUGGUGGUACGGGCAAUGAACACGGCGAAAAACCGGAUUGCGGUUAUUUAACGGAUGUGACAGCGAACGAUCCGUGUAAGGAGUGUGGUUGUAUGAAAUGGAAUGAUCCCGAUCCGAACAGUAAUGAAGGACACCACCUGGGCAGGAGGUGUCAGAGGUGUAGUGAUAGUGGUGGUAGUACGUGUAAGUGUAGUGGUACUAGUGGUGGCGCCUGUACAGGUCCUGGCCAGGAAUGUCAAUGCGCUAAAGAAGGCAAAUGUUGCAAGUGUUGUUGUAAUAAAAAGUGUGGGAAGUGUAAGGAGGAGUGUAGUUGUAUAAUCGAGGACGGAAUUGUUGGCAGUGAUGAAUGUAACAGGGAUAGCUACAUGUCAGCAUAUCCUAGUGAUGCUAUCAACAUAAGAAAGUCAUUUCUUGAAUCCGAGAGAAUUGAUGUCAAAACACGUUGGAACAAUGUUACCAGUAGUCCUAAUCGCCACCAAUGUGCCCGUAUCUUCCUAGGGUCAGUAUGCCUCAUCUGGAGUGGACUUACGUAUAUGUAUUGGACUGGAAAGUACCAUAAAAGUAGCCCCCGGUGGAACAACCACAUCCUAGAUGGUAGUGGUCUAGAUGAUGGUACCCUAUCCCAAUGGCUGCAGGCCUUAGGGUUUCCUAAGGAAAUGUUGAAUAACCAUGGUCCAGGAAAUAGGUUGGAUGCAGUUAUAUGGGAUGGGAUUAGGGGUAUGUUAUAUUUGGGAUUCCCGCAUACCACUGACAAUGCUGCCCAUGGCAAGGACUAUAAUGAUAAUACAUUCAGACAACCAGCUGGUAUGAACUAUGCUGGAUAUAUACAUACCGUAGACAAGGGUGCAUUUGAUAGUAGUGUCUUUAAGGGCACUGGCAAUGGGAUUGACAAGAACAAGCUCGGUGCCCUCUUCAAGCUCUACAUUCUAUCAUGUGCCUAUUUUACCGGUCUACAGAAAAAGAGUAGUACCCAGAGCAGUACUUCUACGACUCCUAGGACAAUCCGCGAGAUUCUAUACUGGCUCAGUGCAUUGCCAUAUAGUCAGGCCUAUAAGGAUAUGCUGGACUAUGCUAAGGAGAGACUCAAGAAAGAAGCACCAGAUGUUGGAGACAAAAAACAGCUUUCCUUCCUUCAAACAGGCCGUAAUGCUCCCAUUACCGUCCAUGAAUUCAACCUUUUUGCCCACUUCCAAGCAGUGACCCAGUACUGCCCACUGGUGCUCAUAGGUAUCCAGGGUGGAUUACACAGUGCCACUAAAGGCACUGACAGUACCAAGGAACCACCUAUCCACUCCCUAUACGCUAACACGGAGUGCCACUUCACCUAUCCCACUGUAUCCAUCCAAGCAUACAACCAGGUGGUCCACUACAUUAGGGCUCUAUUCUACCAGCUCUAUUUCCUUAGGAAACAGUGUGCUGUGAAGGUAGCCCUGGGAGGGAAAUGGCGUGAGUGUAGGUAUGGUAAGGAUGUGGUGUCCAAGGGGGUCAUUAGCUGGAUGUGCCUGGGGUGUGACCCCAUGGAACAUGAUAGGAAUUAUAGGGUAAAGGAGAUGGGAAAUAAACUUAAUAAACUACCCUUAGGGUCUGAAAUUAGUGAUUCUUGCAAGCUAAAGGAUUUAUUGGAGAAGAUUGGUGAUGUAGUGGUACAAUUGGGUAAUGCCCAGGAGGCAUUGGAAGGGAAGGACAAGAAGGCCAUCGAGGGGGUGAAGGAGGCACUACAGGUGGCUAAGGAGGGACUAGAUACGGCUAAGAAUGGGCUGGAUGAGGAACUAAAGGAGGCUAAGGAUAAACUAGGGGAGCUGACGAAUGGUAGUGGUGGUAGUGGAGCACUACAUACACUGGUGAAUAGUGGUCCUGGGUCAUUACAUCAGGUAUCAAGUAGUGAACAUGAGUGGCAGAAAGACUAUAGCAGUGCCAAGGACAGGAUAAGUGCUGCUAUCGAUGGGUUACACAAGGUAUUGGAGAUAUUUAAAAAGUGGGCAGAGCAAGAUGAAACAGAUAUUAUAAAGCAAGCUAAAAGCGCACUGGAACAUCUAGGGAAAAUAACAGGCGUUGGAAAUGAAGUAAAUUUGAGCAAUGUUAAACUAGAAGCACACUACUCCGCUAUACUCGCUGCCAUCAAAGACCUCCUCUCAAUCUGCAACUUCCCCAAGUGCAGCGCAUGUGACCAACACGGCGACAAGUGUGGCCAACCAUCCAAUCCCACAAUCUGUCAGACCUGCCUCCAACCCACUACCACUGGUGUCCCCUCCCCCCUCCAGGCAUUCCUCGAGGAUCGGUUGCCAGGCUUUAGUUGCAAAGAGGUACUGGACCAGGACAUGGAGGAGAAUCCAACAUAUCCACCUGCUGCAUCCCACUUGGGACACUGCAGUGGUUCCGGCCAGUGCUGCCCAUUGCCAAUGGGCUUCAGAAAUCAAUUCCACAAGGGCAGCACCAGCGACAGCACUGGUGCACGCCUUUAUGGCAUCCUGUACUUCUUCAGUAACGAGAACAUGAUGCAGUCUUGUGUUUAUACACUGGUGAGGGUCACAGCAGCACUCAGUGCCACUACACCACAGGUAUUGGGUGAUGUAUUCGGGUUCUUUAGAGGUGGUGUAGGAAAUCCAGAAGAGGACAAGGAGAAGAGGAAGGGAACAUGUAAUCACGAUCAGGAUCCUAGAACAUCGACGGACAACAAUAAGUACUUUUGCGGCUGGUGUGCCUCUGGGUUACGGGAUGAAGUAAAGAAGAUAGGAUGGAUUCCAAAGAAGGAAGAAGAUGGAGGGAAGUAUAGAGGCACAGUAGGACAAGCACUUAUUAAUAUUAAGGGCGAUAAGGACACUGGUGCCUCCGCAUAUUCCGAUGCUACUGCCACCACUAAUAACCUCUCAACACUCACUGACGGUAACCACUACGUAUCCCCCCUAACAGGUGAGCUGUACACCGCAGUGAGUGCUACAUUUGGUAAUGUCUACCUCUCAUGGGUACUGUAUCUAUCAGAUGCACUUGAAGGUGGAUUACAGUCACUCUCUGAUGCAUUCCGUAAUAUUGAAUGCCGGGGCUGUAAGGGACAGUGUGACCCCAAUAAGUGCAAGAAGGGAGAGCACGGACAGAAGAGUACUAGAGUGUGUGGAUGCUCCUCAAUCGUAUCAUGUACCGGGGUGCUACCGGUAUUGUAUAGACACGGGUUUAGCUACGGUAACCCAUUCAAUCUGGAGGGGUACCAGCAGAAGGAUGGAAAGACGGAUGGACAGUAUGACAUCGUGAAGGCCGGCGGUACUAAACGGUGUCAUGAGUUCUUGGACAGUCUUCAGGAUGUGAUCAAGAAGAAGGAAGAGGAAGCCAGCUCUAAGGACCAGAAGGACCAGCAUCCCUUGACAAAGUUACUAUCAGAGGUCGGCCAGCUCCAAUACGACAUACGGCUUCCCUGGAUCUUUGUUCUCACGCUAGCGUGGCUAGUAGCAGUACUCUACCUAGCAUUUGGUGCCAUAUGGCCACUGGACUGGACACAUAUGAGGUCGCAUUGUAGGGGAUGGUUCAGGAAGGGCAGUCUGAGUCCAUGGGAGGUACUGAUGGUGGGUAAGAAGAAGGGAAGGGGUAUAUUGGAGUAUUUUGGUAGAAAGUAGUAGGG